CACCUUUUGCAGCAGUAUGCAGCACGGUAUGAAAAAGACUGCCUUUUCCAAGCAGCGAUACUAAAGACGGCGGGAGAGCUGCUUUCUAGCUGUGGAGCUACAUUAGCAAGCGCACCAAAUGCUACCUGGCUAUGCUGUUAGCAUCGUAGUAGCUGUAAUUCAACUGGAGGACAUCAUUGAUAGUGUGCUAUCACAGAGACCAGCGAAAUGACCUCAGCUUCUACUAAAGUGGGCGAGAUCUUCUCUGCAGCAGGAGCGGCCUUCACCAAACUAGGAGAACUCACCAUGCAGCUUCACCCAGUGGCAGAGUCCAGUCCUGCCGGCAGUUUGACAAAGAGCACAGUGAAGAGGAAACCAUAUGAAGAUGGAGCUACGCCUGCAACUUCUGACAGUCCGAAGAAGGUCAUCAAGAAAUCCACUCUUGCUGUUGCCAGAGCAUCGCAGGGCCCUCCAGCUGUUAUCUCUGUGUCCACAGCUCAGGUUGUCAUGGCAGCAGGUCUCCAGGGUCCCCCCUCCAGCCAGCCUCCUCUGAAGAAACAGAAGACUGCAGAUGUGACCCUCAGCGCUCUGAAUGAUUCGGAUGUGAACAGCGAUCUUGUGGACAUCGAGGGACUCGGGGAGCGAUCCAACUCCAAGAAACUCAACAAUUUUGAUCAAGGUAAAGUUCAUGAACAGAAAUCAAACACAGAUGGAUUGUUUUACGCUGAAUUACACAAACAAACAGAAGCUGGGAUCAAGUCAAAAGAUUAG